UGUAACUACAGCGUAGUGAAGAUAUUUCGGAACUAUGUUGCUAAAAUCAACUUGGUGUGCCUUUAUUUUACGACUUGCAUUCUUCUCAGUUGUGGUGAAGCUUAGCAGACAACACCCACAGAACGCUGCGACAUCUCAAGCUCAACUUGAAACUGAUAAACAUUUAUAUGAAUUAAAUAUUGAACUGCCAGAUAAGAGCUUUCGAAAUGAAACUGCAAGUUUGCAGAUAUCUGAUAAUUCCAAAGAUCUAUCUGUUACUGGAUUGAUAGGAAUAAAUUUUAUAAAGACGAACACAAUAGGUAAAUGGGCUUACAUUGCGGAUAAGAAUGGAUUUGUCGUUCGUUAUAUUUAUAAACAGUUAAAGGCUACUCAACAAGAUCCUAGCUAUUCUUCAACAACAUAUCGCCCAACUCCACCACAAUAUUUACCAGCACCACCACCACCAAAGUCUUUAAGUCCGAAUGCUUUAAAAAGUGCUGGUGGUUAAAGAUGUAGGGCAGUGAUAUAACAUAGUUAACAUGAAUUUAUUUAAGCAACUCUUAUCUGUAUCUUGUUCUAGGAGCUCGAGAAAGGCACAAAGAUCUUGAUAUAUUUUCGUAAAAUUAAUUUAAGUUAAAAUUUAUUAAUGCAGUAUAUAUAAAAUAAC